UCCACGCCUCGUUUGGGCCUCGCCUCGCCCCGCCCCGGCCGGCCCCAACUUCUCCGCAACCCAUAGGCAGAGGCGACCCUCCCGCCUCCCCGCGCUUCGCCCCGCCUCGGCGCGCUUUAAAAGUUUACUCCGGGCCGGGACGCUGACGUCGCGAGCCAUGGCCGUCUACCUCGGGAUGCUGCGCGUCGUGAGGCUGUGCGCCGGGAGGCCGGAGGUGCUGGGGGCCCGGGGCGGCCUCUCCCGGGUUUGGCAGGAAGCGAGGCUGUGGGGCGUCCGUCCCCUCAGUUCUGGAGAGGUGGAUCACACCGCCCCCCUGCCCAUCGGAGGCCUCAGCUACAUCCAGGGCAACACCAAAUUGCGCCUUAUUAACAAGACUGUGGGGUGGUGCCUGGAUGCCACAGCACAGAAGAUCCCGGACAAAGAGGCCUUGGUUGUCUUCCACGAAAACAUAAGGUUGACCUUUGCCCAGCUCAAGGAGCAGGUGGACAAAGCUGCUGCUGGGCUCUUGAGUAUCGGCCUCCGCAAGGGUGACCGGCUGGGCAUGUGGGGACCCAACUCCUAUGCAUGGGUACUCAUUCAGCUGGCCACAGCCCAGGCAGGCAUCAUUCUGGUGUCCGUGAACCCAGCCUACCAGGCUCCAGAGCUGGAGUAUGCCCUCAAGAAGGUGGGCUGCAAAGCCCUCGUGUUCCCCAAGCAAUUCAAGACCCAGCAGUACUACAACAUCCUGAAGCAGAUCUGUCCAGAGGUGGAGAAGGCCAAGCCAGGGGCCUUGAAGAGCCAGAGGCUCCCGGACCUGACCAUCGUCAUCUCAGUGGACACCCCUCUGCCAGGGACCCUGCUUCUGGAUGACGUGGUGGCAGCUGGCAAUCAAGAGCAGCAUCUGGCUCAGCUCCGGCACACGCAGAAGUUCCUGUCCUGCCAUGACCCCAUCAACAUCCAGUUCACCUCGGGGACAACCGGCAGUCCCAAGGGGGCCACGCUCUCCCACUACAACAUCGUAAACAACUCCAACAUGAUAGGGGAGCGCCUGCAACUGUCACAGAAGACGGCAGAGAAGUCAAGGAUGGUCCUGCCCACCCCCCUGUACCACUGCCUGGGUUCCGUGGGGGGCACAAUGGUGAGCUUGAUGCAUGGGGUCACCCUCAUCCUGUCCUCUCCGGUCUUCGAUGGCAAGAAGGCGCUGGAGGCCAUUAGCAGAGAGAGAGGCUCCUUCCUGUAUGGCACCCCUACCAUGUUCGUGGACAUUCUGAACCAACCGGACUUCUCCAGUUACGACAUCUCAGCCAUUUGUGGAGGUGUUAUUGCCGGGUCACCCGUACCCCCAGAGCUGAUCCGCGCCAUCAUCAACAAGAUGAACAUGAAGGAGCUGGUGGUGGCUUAUGGAACCACAGAAAAUAGUCCUGUCACUUUCAUGAACUUUCCCGAGGACACCAUGGAGCAGAAGGCAGAAAGUGUGGGCAGAGUUAUGCCCCACACCGAGGCCCAGAUCAUGAAUAUGGAGACGAGGACACUGGCAGAGCUGAACACACCUGGAGAGCUGUGUAUCCGGGGCUACUGCGUCAUGCAGGGCUACUGGGGUGAUCCUCAGAAGACAGACGAAGUAAUCGGACAGGACAAGUGGUAUCGGACAGGAGACAUCGCUGUGAUGGACGAGCAGGGCUUCUGCAGGAUCGUGGGUCGCGCCAAGGAUAUGAUCAUCCGAGGUGGUGAGAACAUCUACCCUGCGGAGCUGGAGGACUUCUUUCACACUCACCCACAGGUGCAGGAUGUGCAGGUGGUGGGAGUGAAGGACAACCGGAUGGGGGAGGAAAUCUGUGCCUGCAUUCGGCUCAAGAAGGGGGAGAAGACCACGGCGGAGGAGAUCAAGGCUUUCUGCAAAGGGAAGAUCUCCCACUUUAAGAUUCCUCGGUACAUCGUGUUUGUGACAGACUACCCCCUCACCGUCUCGGGAAAGGUCCAGAAAUUCAAACUUCGAGAGCAGAUGGAACAACGUCUAAACCUGUGAAUAAGAGAGGGGGGCAGUCCUCCCAGGCCCUCCCUGCCCUUUUCCCACAUCCCCCCUCUUGUCCCUGUGAUCCUGGCAUAAAGAGCUUCUCUGUUUA